AUGAAAAAUGUGGAAGUACUGGUCCUGGAAGACAAUCAGAUGCAGGAGAUACGUGCAGAGGUGAAAGAACUGACAAAUUUGAUGUGCCUUAGCCAAUUCAGUAUCUUUCCAAAGCAAAUCUUUCUCCUGGAAUCAUUAGAGAGAUUAUACCUGGAACAAAAUAAAGGUAUUAAAUUCUCAAGUCUGCCAGAAGAUAUCAGCAAAUUGCAGAAUCUGAAAGAGCUGCAUAUGGAGAAUAAUUCUCUGGAGUACCUGCCUGCAACCAUCAGCUUGACCUACUUGAAAAUACUGGUCUGUCGUAACAAUCUCUUUAAAGAGGUCCCAGACUCUUCAUGACAAAUAAAAGGUGAAAAACAGGAAUGCUCCACAUCAUUCCUGUUCUUUGUGCUGCAGCUGUUUGCUUUUGUGUAUUCAGGUGUGCAAAAAUUGCUCAUUCAGAACAAUCACCUGUCCCAGCUGCCUGAGGAUUUGGCCAGUCUUCAGCAGCUGGAGCUGGUCCUUGUGGAUGGGAACCCUAUGACAGGUUCUCCAAUUGAAGUGUGCUCUCAGGGGACACCUGCCAUCUGUGAAUACUUACAGGAAAAAAGGCAUACAAAGGCCAUGAACUUAAAGGUAGGGAUGUUAACAAAGCCACCAUAA